CUGUUCCGAUGUGGUGCAGGAGGUGAGACAUCGGAAGGAGGGGUUGCUAGGAUACAUCUACUGCGAUUUCUUCCAAAGACCCGGCAAGCCUCACCAGGACUGCCACUUCACGAUACGAGGCGGGAGGUUGCUGGACGACAACUCAUACCAAAUGCCAAAGAUUGUUCUUGCCUGCAGUAUGCCAUCAUCAAGAUCAGGUUCCCUUCCCUUGCUAACACAUGGGAUGAUGGAGAAUCUGUUUCAUGAAUUUGGUCAUGCCAUUCACUCCAUGCUUGGAAGGACGCGUUACCAGCAUGUCACAGGGACCAGAUGUUCCACUGAUUACGCAGAGGUCCCUUCAAUUUUGAUGGAGUACUUUGCCAAUGACUACAGGGUACUGAGAGAGUUUGCCAGGCAUCAUCAAACAAAUGAGACCCUUCCGGAGGAGAUGAUCAAUCGCCUGUGCCAGUCCAAGAAGUUUGGUUCUGCAUACGAGAUGCAGACCCAGGUCUUCUACUCAAUCCUGGACCAGGUCUAUCAUGGGAACCACCCCUUGGACAGGCCUACUGUGGAAAUCUUGGAAGAGAUCCAAAAACAGCACUCCAGCAUUCCAUAUGUCCCAGGCAGUGCUUGGCAUCUUAGGUUCGGCCACUUGGUGGGUUACGGGGCCAAGUAUUACUCCUACCUUUACUCCAGGGCAGUCGCCUCCAAGGUCUGGCACGGGUGCUUCGCUGCAGACCCCCUACGCCAGGAGACGGGGGAGAAAUACCGGAGAGAGAUGCUGUCCCAUGGGGGUGGGAAGGAGCCAGCUGUCAUGGUGGAGAAUAUGAUUGGCAAACGACUCUCAUCUGAAGAACUAGUCGAUGCCUUGAUCGAUGAAACUAAAUCAUGAAGAAGCCAUUGCUGCGAUACUGUCCUGCAAGACCAUUGGGGAAAGGAUGAUGGCUUGGUUUCACCAGCAAGGAUAUAUUCUGUGGACUGCUAUAUGACAACCAGACAGACUUUCAAACAAGAGAUGGAUGUGUAAAGCCUAGAUGAGGCAUGACGGGGUAGAUACCCUGGAAGAAAAAAUUACAGCUAAAUUAUAAACAAUUCAUGUGUAAACAAAUGAUAAGUGGAGGUUAAGGAAUAAAACAGAAUGUUAAAAAGGGGCCCUCAUACAUACUCUGUAGUUUGCUUAUGGAGAUGUACCGAUAAUAUGACACACUUUGGAUUUGUCACUUCAUUUUGCUGCAGCAAAUUUCUCUUCAGGCUGUUUAACCCUUUCAGGACAGGAUUUAUUUUCAGGGCUUGAUUGAUCACAUUUUAUUCUUCAAAUUGGCAACAAAAUUGUUUUUCCUUCAUUGCUGCAUUGUUCUAGUAAGACGUUAUGUCUCUACGAACAAUAGCUAUGAGUACAAACUUUGUCAACUUUGAUAAAAAAAUAAUGACCUCUCAAUGUGUUGCCAAUUUGAGAAUUUUAAAGCUUACCGGCAUGUUCCUUUUAAAAUUUCCUGGUAUUAAACGCAAUAUCAUAUGGUCAUGCAAUUAAAAUGGAUGCAGUGUACGCUUGAAUAUUUGCUCUUUCUACUUGUGCAUCUGGUAUAUUUUUUAGGUGUAUGAAGUUUUGUAGUAAGUUUUGAGCCUAAACCACAAAAUGUGGAACGAUUUUCCCUGAAGGCCUGAAUGACUAACCUUCAUGGUACGUGAAGACACAGACACAAAAGAUGUACUUGUUACAUUGCAGCGAAGAGAUUUGGCUCUUUUUUAUGAGAAAGAAUAAUCAUCUUUCAAACCAGAAGGAUGUUAACUCUGUAAGAAAGUGUAUGAGUUGGUACCCACUGGGCUCCAAACAGAUGAGAUGUUAAGUGGAAUCAUUGUAUUUAUUUUCAAGAAGAGUAUAGCAUGUUCAUAUGAUACUCAAAAUUCUCGGUGCCAUAAGUUUAGAGACUAUCUUAAAAGAAAAUUGUUUCUCGAGGAUAAGCCAGUUUGUGGUUCGGUUUUUUGGUCAUUAUCAAACUGUUGCCAAAAACUGGCUUAUUGUCUAGACAUUCUGGCUCUGUUCUCGAUACGCUCAAGCCAAAAUGCCUAUAAUUUGUUUAGGAAUUUGAUAUUUUUUUUUUUUUAUUAUUCAUUACAAAAUUGACAAAAUUGAAAUAACAUAUUCAAGUAUGUAUAAGCAAUAAGUAUAUAAUUUAUUGUCCAUAUCAGGAAAAUUUGAUUUCCAAUAUUUGGUACGAUUAAUACAAUAUAAACAUACACAUAGUGAGACAAAAUCAAGGGUAUGCUCACUAUGUUGGAUAUUGUGAAUGCUGAUCAAUCGUAUUUCAAGCUUACCUCUUUUUACAUUCUUAUUUGAUAAUACGUCUUCCUUCUUUUUAUAUGUUCAUCUUUAUUUUCUUAAACUAGUUUUCAAAUCAGUUUGAAAAUUAUAAUCGACUUGAACGGUUUGCCAAUUAUACCCAGUAGUAGCUACAUUAUCAGUGUCACAUUGAUUAUGAUGGUGAUGAUGAUGAUGAUGAUGAUGAUGCAGGAGGGGUGGGGUAAAAAUAAUAGGGUAAAAUUAAUGUGCUUUGACACAUUUUUUUCCCAGGGGAGGGGGCAUCCCCCCCCCCCCUGUAUCCGCCACUGUUAUUUUCCAAUAACAACAGCCAAUGCAAGAUUAAAUGGAACCAGAACAUAAAACAAGUACUAGUUUUAUCUAGUCCCAGCUCUACGAAAUCUGUAUGCCAAAGCCCCAUAUUAUUCUGUGCAUGAUACACAUAUAAGUAUGAUUCUAAAUCAAUUUAUUACUUGCUAUCACAUUACAUCAUAAUGAUGUACAUUAUGAAAAGAAAUGUAUUUGUUUGAUAUUGCUUGUCAACCAAAGUAUUAAAACAAUGUUCGA